AUGCCUGAAGAUAAAAAAUCGAAAGAUGAUAAAGACUCGUUGCCAACGAGUAAACGACCAGCGAAUGAACUAGUCGGUAGUAGUGAAUUUACACAAACAACAGGUUCUUAUCCGGUUCGUUUACCAAAUCAGCCUCAACGUUCGUCCGGAGGUUUCAUUCUGGAAAAAUUCAAAGAUUUCUAUGAUUAUUACUGGCAUUAUUAUCGAUGGGCACCAACACGUAUUGCAACACGUUUCUUCUGGAGUGAAAAUGGAUGGGAAUCUUUGAGAGAGUUUACGACAACAGGCAUGUGGUCACUUGAUGUUGAUGCACCAAUUCCUCAAAGAAUGGCGGCAGGUCUCGGUUUCGGUCUCAAAGGAUCGAUACUUAUCUAUGCACUUAAUUAUGGAAACCUUCGUACGCGAUACCAAGUACCUCGAAAUGCGGCGAUUCUUCGCGCACUUCGUCCAUGUGCUUUUUUUACCGCAUCAUGUCUCAUUUAUUGCGGCUCAUGGCCUGUCGUUCGUGCUCUGCGUGGUUAUCCCGAUACUGAAAUCGGUCGGGACAUUGAUGCAGCACUCGUUGGUGCUCUAACAGGUGUUGUCGUUUCGGCCAUGUGGAUUCGAAACUCACGUUUCGUUGGAGUAUCGAUUCCAGUUGCGUAUAUCCUCGGUGGUAUAUCAGCCGGUCUCUACAAUUCUGCACAUGCUGGUUAUGCAACCAAUCGAGGUGUACUUGGUGGAUGGUCGGAUGUUCAUCAUUGGAAUCGGGGACACUUUUUCUUAGGACCAACAUAUGAAGAACGUGCUGCGAGAUUCCAAGCUCAGCUGAAGAAUGCGAGAUAUAAGGAAUAUCUCGAAACAUCGAAAAGAACUCCAUAUCUUCACCGUGGUUUUUUAGAUAAAGAAAAACCGAAUACAAUGCCGAAAGAACGUGUGCAAAAGAAAAGUCGAGUUCAUAAAGAAAUUCAAAAAGAGGGCAUAAACUUUAAUAAGGAAUUCGGUCAACAUAUUUUGAAGAAUCCGUUGAUUAUCACCAGUAUGGUUGAAAAAGCUGCUGUUCGUCCGACGGAUGUCGUAGUUGAAAUCGGUCCAGGAACGGGUAAUUUAACAGUUCGUCUCUUGGAGAAGGCAAAGAAAGUCAUUGCGUUUGAAAUCGAUCCACGUCUAGUAGCUGAACUUCAAAAACGAGUUCAAGGAACGCCAUUCAAAUCUAAAUUAGAUAUCGUUAUUGGUGAUGUUCUGAAAAGUGACUUUCCAUUUUUUGAUUUAUGCGUUGCAAAUCUACCCUAUCAAAUCUCCAGUCCAUUUGUGUUUAAAUUACUGUUACAUCGACCGAUAUUUCGCUGUGCUAUUGUUAUGUUUCAACGUGAAUUUGCUCAGCGUCUCGUAGCGAAACCCGGUGAAAAAUUGUACUGUCGAUUAUCGGUCAAUACACAACUACUAGCACGUGUUGAUCAUCUGAUGAAAAUCGGAAAAAAUAAUUUUCGACCACCACCCAAAGUUGAGUCCAGUGUUGUUAGAAUUGAACCAAAAAAUCCACCGCCAGCUGUGAAUUACCAGGAAUGGGAUGGAUUGACCAGAAUAUGUUUUACAAGAAAGAAUAAGCGUUUAUCGUCGGAAUUCAAACAAAAGAAAGUGAUUGAAUUAUUAGAAAAAAACUAUCGAAUUCAUUGUUCAGUACACAAUAAAACUGUUCCCAAUGACUUUGAUAUCAAAACAAAAAUCGACGAAAUCUUAACAACAAAUCAAUUUGCCGAAAAACGAGCUCGACAUAUGGAUCUCGAUGAUUUCCUUGGGUUAUUGCAUGCAUUCAACGUUGAAGGCAUUCAUUUUUGUUAA